GUUCAUCCUGUCUUUGUCAUCAUGCCCGAUGUGUAUUGUUGUGGAUGACCUGCUGCGCAUCCUGCCUAUUUCGUCACAUCUGAGGGACCUGCAGCCUGUGCCUGCUGUGACAUCCUCGACGCCACUGUCACCCAACGACCAGGAACUGAAGGACCUCAAGGAAUCCCUUAAGGAGAGUCCUCCUGUGGGUCUCCUCGUUGAGCUUUGCAAGACAUUGGACCAGGCCAAGUCUGUACUACAGUUUGUGGUAGCCAUCACAGAAAAGACAUUGCGCACAACAGUCACACUCACAGCUGGCAGAGGACGAGGGAAAUCCGCUGCCUUAGGACUAGCCAUGGCCGGUGCCAUUGCUUUUGGUUACUCAAACAUUUUUGUCACAUCUCCGAGCCCUGAGAACUUGAACACGUUGUUUGAGUUUGUUCUAAAAGGUCUCAAUGCCAUGGGUUAUGAGGAGCACCUUAGCUACCAGGUACUGCGCUCUACCGACCCCCAGUUUAAUAAGUGUGUGAUGAGGGUUACAGUCACCAGGGAAAGACGACAGAUUAUCCAGUACAUUGCUCCAGGUGAGAGCAGCUGCCUGGGCCAGGCUGAGCUGGUUGUCAUAGAUGAAGCUGCAGCCAUUCCCUUGCCACUUGUCCGCAAGCUCUUGGGGCCGUACUUAGUGUUCCUGUCCUCGACUGUUUCUGGAUAUGAAGGCACAGGAAGGUCUCUUUCUUUAAAACUAAUUGACCAGUUACGGUCACAAGCCAAAGCAAGCAGUGCAAAUGCAGAGAAUGGAGACAAUAACACCAAAUCAAUGGAAUUAGGAAGAGUUCUGCAUGAGGUGACUUUGGAGGAGAGCAUCAGGUACAAGAGUGGCGACCCGGUGGAGAAGUGGCUCCACGAUUUGCUCUGCUUGGAGGCUUCCCUGCCACCGACCCCUACCGCAAUGCCCCUGCCCAGCCAGUGCCAGCUCUUCUAUGUCAACAGAGAUACUCUCUUUGGAUAUCACAAGGUAUCAGAGAAGUUCUUGGCACAAGUGAUGGGUCUUCUGGUGUCCUCACACUACCGCAACACACCUGAUGACCUUCAAACACUCUCUGAUGCCCCUGCCCAUCAUCUGUACGUCCUACUGCCCCCACAGGACACGACCAAGGGAGACACUCUGCCCCCCGUCCUUACAGUCGUACAGGUGGCGCUAGAGGGCAAGGUGUCCAAAGCCUCGGUGAUGUCAGCUCUUGCGCAAGGGGUAAAACCCUCAGGUGACCUCGUGCCCUGGACUGUUAGCAACCAGUUCCAGAACUAUGAUUUCCCGCAGCUGUCUG